GACAGCGACGCCGGAAGCGCCUCGUCUUCCUCUCGCCCGCCCCUUCCGGCUCACUUCCGCCUACCCCGCCCGGGCCGCCAGACCGGAAGCCCUGCUUUCGGACCUGAUCUUCCUCAUCUGGGUCGGAACCUGGGUCUCGCCAAGAUGCCGGCUUACCACUCUUCUCUCAUGGACCCCGACACCAGACUCAUUGGAAACAUGGCACUGUUACCCAUCAGGAGUCAGUUCAAAGGACCCGCUCCUCGAGAGACAAAAGAUACAGACAUUGUGGAUGAGGCCAUCUAUUACUUCAAAGCCAAUGUCUUCUUCAAAAACUAUGAAAUUAAGAAUGAAGCUGACAGGACCUUGAUAUAUAUAACACUCUAUAUUUCUGAGUGUCUAAAGAAACUCCAAAAGUGUAAUUCCAAAAGCCAAGGCGAGAAAGAAAUGUAUACACUGGGAAUCACUAAUUUUCCCAUUCCUGGAGAGCCCGGUUUUCCACUUAAUGCAAUUUAUGCUAAACCUGCAAACAAACAGGAAGAUGAAGUGAUGAGGGCCUACCUACAGCAGCUAAGGCAAGAGACGGGGCUGAGGCUUUGUGAGAAAGUUUUUGACCCUCAGAAUGAUAAACCUAGCAAAUGGUGGACUUGCUUUGUGAAGAGACAGUUCAUGAACAAGAGUCUUUCGGGACCUGGACAGUAAAGAGCGCCUGGGCAGCCAUGCCUUCACAGCCACGGGCGGCAUUCCACAACUAGAUGUACACAGUUCUUUGCCUUUAUUUCAUAAAGUUUUAUACAGAAAAGAGAAGAGACCACAUCUUUACUGGAAAAGCUCUUUAUCAAGAAUUUGGGUGGCGAAGGGGGGAGUGGAUUGUGGAUGGGUGAUUUGAAAAUUUUCUUGCAGUAUUAAGCUGGUGCUUAAUAAUAAGUAAUAAUAAAGAAAUUUCUAACAUUCCA